AUGCGUCUUGUCGAUAACGAUGACUUCAAAAGUAACACAAGUUCUACUAAAGUUUUUGAUUAUCCGCCAAGGCUGCUCAGAUAUGAUAUUUUGGCAGCCAAAGAAACGAGGAAACAAGGUGGUAAUUUAAUCGUCGCCUCGCCCUAUUUUGUUUGCAACGAUCAAGAUCUGUGUCCGUUUCAUCCUGUUACUAAUUUUAUAGAUAACAGUUACACCAACGAUAGUUUCGUAUUUUCGAAAAAUAAUGAGCAAUUAAAUUCACAAAUGCAACCAGCAUUACAACCAGAAGCGCAACUGCAAGUAGCAUCUCCACAAACUUUUUUGUUGAAUACUCCAACUAAAAUUACAUUUAAUAGUCCGUUGAUGCCUAUUCCUUUACUGCAGAUCGACUUUGAAAGUAAUGUACAAAAUAACGAUGCAUGCAAUGAUGUUUGUCCUUGCAACUAUUUGGUAAGCAAUCUAUCGUCAGAACCUGAACCAAUUUGUAAUUUUUAUCCAGGUGAAUUUGUGGAAAAUUGUCAAUCUCCAUGUUGUUCGUCCAAAAGUUUUUCUGUGAAAAGCAAAAAUGAUAAAGAAAGCAUUCCACUGUCGUUGUAUAAAGUUUUAGAAAGAAGAAAAUGCAGUUCGAAAAUUGAAAAAAGAAAAACAUGUGACAAAUUUAAGGUACUCAAAUCAGAUGACUCCGAUAACCAGGAAAAUAAUGUCAUAAAAAAAUUGUCAUCUGUUUUAAAAAAUGAAUCCAACUCAAAACGAAGACGCUCGAAAUCAAGUAGACGUUCGUCCAGUAGAAGUCGUAAAAGGUCUUUGAGUAAUAGACGUAGCAGUUUAUUGAAUACAAAUGACUCCAAAACAAUCCAUAAUUUUGUUGAAAACGAACUUAAAUCGUUAGACAACGAAAAUAACAACAAAGACGACUUGCCGAAAAGUGUCAAAAGAGGAGAACUUGUAGAUUUGUUAACGAAAUUAUUCAGAGCAUUGAAACGUGAGUCAGAUGAAUCAAGCAAAGGAGUUCAUUUGGUUAAGAAGAGGAGCAGAUCAAAAAGCAAGUCGAGAGAGAAAAGUACGGAGGAACUAAUGAUGGAAAAGCAGAAGGAGGAACACGAAGAAGCACUCAAUCUACUUAAAUCGUUACUUCAAAAGAAGAAGUUGACAAAAACACAAGGGACUGGUUUAGAUACCGCAAAAAAUGACCUUGGGAAACAAGUUCUUUUAAAAUAUACAAAUGCCAUAAAAAAAUGUGAAGACGACAGAAAUACAAUAAAAGAAGUUGAUGAAAUAAUAAAAAAAUGCAAAUUAUCGCGUUUGGGAAAGAGUGAAGAUAGUUUUAAAUGUAACCAAUCAAAAGAGCAAAUUCAACUGGAAAAAUAUCAAGCAGAGCAAGAAAAAAUAAUUCAAAAUCAGAAAGUAAAAGCUAUAAAACAGAAAUUUUUACAACGUGAAAAAAAUCAAAGUAGUGCAAAUAACAAUAAAAUUUUAGAUGACGAAUCAUGGCUCUCAUAUUCAGAUGAACCAAUUAUUGUCGACGAAAUAAUACAAGAUCAACCGAAUGAUGUGGCAUCAAAUAAUUCGAUUUUGGGGGAAAAAAUGCUUCAAAAAGAUUUAAAUCUACAAAAAUUUCCUGGACGAAAAAAAAUAUUGUUUUUGAACAAUGAGCAUAGGCAACAAAUACUACAAAUCUUACAAACACCACAACAAAAUCAAGACAAACGUGAUUAUCGGCAAAAACAAUUUUCACCUGAACAUCACACAGCCCGCCAGCAAUCCUCAUCACUUCAACAGCGAUCGUCGAAACAACGAAAAUUGCGGGAAACGUCACUUUUGAAAAGCAACUCUCCACAAAAUGUGACCUCAGAACAAACAUUGGCAGAUGAACAUACGUUAGGUGAAAUUUGCAGCUUGCAGACAUUACAAAAUCAAGCACAUCAGCAGCAUCAACGUUUUCUACAAGUUGCAGGCGUAAGAAUGGAAGAACAAAUAUUAAAAAGACAAAAUUCCAAGCUAAAGUUACCGCGGAAAGAAACAGGCCAUUAUGAACAGGAGCCAUGUCUACAAGAGAAUCAACCAAUGUUACAACAGUUUGAGGAACAAAAAUUAUCACCAGCACGACAAAUCACACUGCGACAGCAAAUACCAGAGCUCAAACAAUUACAUGACCAGCGACUACCAUAUGCGCAGCAACAACAAUUGUUCCACAAUCAACAGCAUAUACCACAGAAACAACAAUUGCAUUACGACCAACAAAUACUACGGCAACAACACCAAUUACAUCAGCAAGAAAUACCUCAGCAACAACAAUUACAUCAGCAAGAAAUACCUCAGCAACAACAAUUACAUCAGCAAGAAAUACCUCAGCAGCAACAAUUACAUGAGCAAGAACAGCAAUUGAAACAAAAGCAAGUUGUUUGUCGCUCUCAGGCAACAUCAACGCGGGAACUUAAUGGGACCCCUCAAAUAAUCUGUGAACAGUUUUCAGGCUCAUUUGCAGAAGGUCAAGAACUGAGUCACAAUCAUAUUAAAAGCUGUAAAAUGCUGUCUCCGAGCUUCAAUACUUUAUCCAACAACUUAUCAGCUUCGGAAACAAACGCAAACAAACUCCCGACCGACUUCUCAUGCGAUUGUCAAGUGAAUAAUGAACAUUUGGUUCAAUCUGAAAAUUUUCACGCUUCAUCAAAAAACUAUCAAAAUGAAAAGGAAGAUGCUCACGUUCGAGUACCAGCGUGUGUUGGAUGCCACCGCUUUCAAAAAAUUUCCAAUCUGCCUGGUUCAUCUAUCCGAUCAAAUCCUCAAAAUUAUGCGCAAUCAUUUAUAGGGCACCAAAAUAUCCAGCAGCAUAGUUUGCUAAAAAUUCACAAAGAGCAUAACAAAUUGAAAGGGAGUUUGACAGAAAGAUCAACCCAGCAUUUGACGAGUAACAGAAUAACCAUAAGCAUUCAAACAGCAUCACAAUUUUGUGAGAACAAACAUUGUGCUAGCGGCCAAACAACAUUCAACAACACGAUCGAAGCUGCGCAACGUAGAUCACCACUGAAAGAAAUUAAAUCGAGUAACAUACCGCAAAACGCAACUAAUCAAGUUGAUAAAAAAAUAGAAGAAUUAAAUUGCAACACCAAAAAAGUUGAAAAUCGAAUUAAAGGAAAUAAUUUGGGUACACCGUCACUCUCGGUGCAGCAAAUAUUGCAACAAAGUUCACAGACUGACCUAAAUAGAGAUAUGAAACAAAUGUCAGUAUUGAAUCAAACUACAAACAAUCAGUCCAGCACUAGUGAAUUUUUUAGCGGUGAUGAAUUCCAUGAGGAGCACGUCAUAAGUACUUGGGUGGUGAGCUCAAGAGAAGUACUACUCGGAAAAGAACACACAGUCUACAACAACAGAACAAGUAACAAUAAAUUUAUCAAGUUGUACAAUUACAGAAAAAAUGAAGAUAUUUUGCAUAGCGUUGAAAGUGAUCAAAGUCAUAAAUCAAAGUCAAAUGUUUUGAUCGAUCAAGCAGUUGAGGACGUGAGGCGUGACCAUGGAGGAACGAAAGAAACUUUUAAAACUUUCGUCAACUGCAGACCAAAAAUGAACUUCGAAUCACAUAACACGAGCUUUGUUAGAGAACCGCUACUGGAAAUCACCUCAAGACAAGCAAAUGCAACAAAAAUGGACAACGCAUCAAUGCAGACAGAUUUCGCUAACAAUCACCAACGAGCAAGUCUCAACCAUUACCCACAACAACAUCAUAAAAAACAACAGCACAAGCAUCUACAAAGUUUAAAACAAAUUGCUCCCAUACAAGAUCUAAAGUUCAAACGAUUGACUAACAAUCUUUUCGACAGAUUCUCACCGAGAAAAAUUAUUAUGCAGGACGACGAGAGAAGUGACGUCAGCAGAACUUUUUCAGAAACGAUAUGUCAAAGUCCGCCUCAAGAAAUAAUUAAAAAAACUGCAACGAAUAAAUUUACUUUGAAAAGGAUUGAAUGCAUGGAACACGUUUUGGAACUUCCAUCAAAAUUCAACGUCGUUAAAUCUGAUAACUCAAUUUGCCCGUCUAAAAUGCUGUUCAACAGUCAGCAAGUACUGACUUCCCGAACAGAGCCCAUCCUGAUGAACCAAGCAGAGGUGGUGGAGGACAACGAGGGUGACAACACGACCAGAUCAGCUUUUGAGAAACACGUGAAAAUAUUCGAAAUCGAAGAUAAAACCGGGUUAAAAUUAUUUCAAUAA